CCACAGUCAAACAGUCGCUGACAGCCAGUUCGCGCUUUCAGUCAGCAUCGCGUGCCAACGCGCUUUAAAACGCUUUCAUGAGGAACGGGUCUUUAUUUGAGCAGAAGUGAAGCUAGAAGAGCAGACUGAAGGGAGAUCUCUUUUAAUAAUGUUUUUGUGGAGAAACGGGCUUCUGUGCGACUCUCUGGUUGUGAGAAGGAAGAGGAUAAUGUUGAUGGUGACAGUGAAGCUCAGGACUGCAUCACAUGUUUAAGCCACUGGCGAGUCUGCUUCAGAAACAACCGUCAAAUGACGCAAGAUAACAGAACAGCAUUUGAAGAUGAGAGGAUCAGAGUCAAAAAUGAAAGUGUACAGCAAGAACUGGACAAAUCUUUUAGCACAGAGAGACCCAACGUCACAUAUGAGGACAAAGAGAAUUUUCAGACUUCUCAAGAUUUUCAAAUAAGCUACAGUCACUGUCAUGAAGAGAUGUUGAAGAAUUAUGGUGGACAGUGCUGGGAGAUUUUCAAUGAUAGCAUGAGUGAACUGGGCAAGGAGAACUGGUGUAAUAUGGAGAUGGUGAUAAGAAAUUACCACAAGUUAACUGAGUGUAUUGAGUUUAUAUGCAGUGCGCUAGGGUGCUUCUACCCUAAUCGUGUGGUGGAGCAGCUGUUCGUGAGGAUACACCAGCAGUACUUCAGUUCUUGUAACAAUGAAGAGGAUUUACCCGACGCCCCGGCUGGAGUCGUGCUCGUAUCCACACUGCUGCCUAUCCUCCUCAUACCCUUCAUAGUGUUCAUCGUGGUCUGGAAGAGUAGUUUAAGGGACUGAGUGCUUUUGCAUUGUCCCGGAUGAGUUAAAGUGAUAGUUCACUUCAAAAAUUAAAAUCCUGUCAUCAUUUACUCACAUUUGUCUCUGACACCUGUAUGACUUUCAUUCUUCUAAAGAAGAUAUUUUGAAGUUGUUGUUUGGAUGUUCUUCAAAAUAGGUUUUUUGUGUUUUGCAGAACAGAGGAUUGAAAUUAGAUGAGGGUGAGUAAAUGAUGACCCAGUUUUUACUUUUUGAGUGAGCGGUUGCUUUGAAGUAAACUUUGAAUGUAUAAAGUUCAUGUGGUUCACAAUGAUGUAAUUACUGUAAAUAAAACACACGCAGUGGGUGUGUGAUUUUUCAACAUGCUCAUGAUCAAGUGUAAAACAGUCUGAUAAAAUGUAUGAUUUGUGAUCAUGAUAUGAAUAUACUGUGACUUACUGAAAAUACUGAAUGUCACACAUAUCCUGCUAGACUUUAUUCCGUUGUUGUAUGUCAGUUUUGCAGCUAUU